AUGAGGAUCCCGGGAAAACAGCUCUCAACUCUUCCUCCCUCUGCGUUUGCAGGUGACACCCUGAUCGUCGAAGAGGACACGUCUACACCCAAGACAGACUCACCCGUGGUGGCCAAAAGAACCAUGUCCAGCUCGGUGAGGGAAGCUGUGCCGGUGCUGGUGAGGAGGGUGGUUCCAGCAGACAACUCCUGUCUCUUCACCAGCGUGUACUACGUGGUGGAGGGGGGUGUUUAUGACCCAGGCUGUGCCCCGGAGAUGCGCAGCCUCAUAGCCCAGAUCGUAGCGAGCGAUCCCGAGUCCUACUGUGAGGCAGUUCUAGGGAAAACCAACAGGGAAUACUGUGACUGGAUCAGGAAAGAGGAGACUUGGGGAGGAGCCAUCGAAGUGUCCAUUUUAUCCAAGUUCUACCAGUGUGAGAUCUGCGUGGUGGACACGCAGACCGUGAGGAUCGACCGCUUCGGGGAGGACGCUGGUUACACCAAGAGGGUCCUCCUCAUUUACGACGGGAUUCAUUACGAUCCCUUGGAGCGUAAAAUCCCCGACUCGGACGUUCCUCCCCAGACCAUUUUCUCCACAGCUGACGACGUGGUCCUCGCCCAAGCCCUGGAGCUGGCGGACGAGGCCCGGCGCAAGCGGCAGUUCACCGACGUGAACCGCUUCACGCUGCGCUGCAUGGUGUGCCAGAAGGGACUGACGGGGCAGGGCCAGGCCAGGGAGCACGCCAAGGAGACUGGACACACCAACUUCGGAGAGGUUUGA